AUGUCGCUCGUAAAGGUUUUCGAAGAUUCCAUAUAUCCAACAUCGAUAGUUCAUCUUGAUCCUUUAACUAAAGAGCUAUCUCCAGAGGACUCGCCAUUGUUUGUUUGGAUACCAGGUAAUCCAGGUUUAUUAGAGUAUUAUGUUGACUUUUUGGCGUUAGUUCAUAAGAAGAAUCCAACAUGGGAAGUGUUGGGUAUUUCUCAUGCUGGUAUGAGCUACGAUGGCAAUGAGAAGAAGAAGAAGACUAGUAGCAAUGAUAAAUUUAAAGUUUUUGAUUUGGAAGAACAAGUACAACAUAAAGUUGAUAUUAUUAAUAAAUUUUCAAGUAAAAAUAGGCCAUUGAUUAUUAUGGGUCAUUCUGUAGGUGCCUAUUUAACUCAAAGGGUAAUUAUGACAAAUAAAUUAAAUGGGAAAUUAAUUAAAGUCGGUUAUUUGACUCCUACAGUAGUUGAUAUACAUUUAUCUGAUAAGGGGAUUAAAAUGACAAAAGUUUUCAAUUGGACUUCUAAUUUACCACAUCACGUAGGAUGGAUAUCUCAAUUCAUCUUCCAUAAGUUAUUACCAUUAUUUUUUGUCAAAUUUUUUAUUAGUAAAAUGAUCAAAUGUAGUGAAGACAGUAAUGCUGUAUUAGCGUCAGGAACAUUAUUAAGAAACGCUAAUUUAAUCGAACAAGCUUUAGGAUUAGCUACUUAUGAAAUGGAAGCUAUUCAUGAUGAUUGGGGCUUCCAUAAAAAAUUAAUCGAUUAUUGUAAUGAAACAGGUGUUAAAACUUGGUUUUUAUUUGCGGAAGAUGACCAUUGGGUAGCACAUUCAACCAGAAAAGAAGUCAUUGAUUUUUAUCAAUAUCAUAACAAACCUGAAAAUAUUAGAAUUGACAUAGAUACUAUUCCGCAUGCAUUUGUUAUCAAAAAAUCCAAAUAUAUUGUUGACCAAUAUUUUUAA